GGCCAAUCACAGGAGGCGAGAGGACCUCAGACCGCAGGUGGCCGCCACUCUCGUCACUCCGCUCCUCCAGACCAUGCUCACGAGGUCACACCUGCUCCUCCACACACGUGCGUCAAGUAAGUUAUAUGAUGGCACGAGGCAACAGCUGGAUGACAGAUUAUGCAGAAGAAGUACUGUCCUGGAUGCACUAUCGAGAGAUGCAACACCUUCCAUACAAUGGCAAUUCUCCACAGAUAUCAAUGAGAGGGGCACUAGUAGAAUUCUUGUGCUUGGUGAGUGAACGUCUGAAGCUAAGUGUAGCAACAACACACCUGUCCGUGUACCUUUUAGACAGGUUCAUGGAUGCACAUCACAUAUCGGACAACCAGUUGCGGCUAACUGCUCUCACUGCUAUAUUGUUAGCUGCAAAAUUUGAGGAGAAAGAUCUGAAUGUUCCAAGAAUCCCAGAGCUGAAUGCCUUUGCAAACAACAGAUACAGCAUAGCCAUCUUUAACUCAAUGGAGGCGUUUAUGCUAAAGUUUUUCAACUGGAAUGUAGGGACUGUGACAGUGGCUCACUUUGCAGAGUUCUACCUGAUGCAUGGAGUUACAGCUGGCGACACUGUUGAGGGGGCGGAUCUGUCGGCUCCUGUAUUAACUAGGCAAGCACUGUGGAGGGUUACUGCGCAGUUCCUUGAUAUUAGUCUACAAGAUCAAGUGUUUCUGCAGUGGCCGUGCUCACAGGUGGCUGCAGCAUGUUUAGCUUGUGGUCGUUUAUGCUGUCAAUUACUUCCAACGUGGCCAGUUACACUUCAGACCACAACUGGGUACCACCUACAGACACUCUCUCAACUCAUGGAUCUUUUGUUAAGGCUGUAUGAGAGUGAAGAAAAGGGCAGUAUCUGCAGCACCCCAGAUUCUGGAUAUGGCAGCCGCUCUUCUAGUCUCCGAGGAUCUCCAUGAAGCACCGGCAAAAUAUUUUGCACAGUAUUGUAUAUAUACUUCAUAAUUUUUUGUAUGAGGUGGUAUACCUAGUCAAGUUUGAAUACAUUCCAUAAAAGAAUAUUGCUUAUAAACAUAAGGUUUUAUAUUAAGUGUUCAAGUACAGUAUUCGGUUUGCAAAGUCUGUGGAGUUUAAUUUAACUUGUCAUACAGUAUGACUUGAAUCUUAAUAUUAAGUUGUCUCUGUACUGUAUAUAAUUGUUUUAAAGGAUAGAGAAGCAAAUUCAUCCUUGUUCUGGGGAUGAUUAUUAUUUUGUCUAGUGAUAUUGUUUGAUUAAUGCUCAAGUUCUAAAGUUCUGUGUCAUAGAGAACUUUGAAAGUUUAGUAUAGCAGUUCUUGCAUUACUUGAAGUUACCUUAAGGUUCAUUUUGUUUAAAUUUAUAAACAGGAGCUACAGCACAGUAAAGGUACAAAGGAUUUUGUAUUUGUAUAUUAAGGUUGCUUUAUUACUGUUCGGAAAUUACUGUGACCUGUACUAAUUAAGGUACCUCAGUUAUAUUAUUUUUAUUUAAUGAGCUACAUGUCAUUUUCAUCUAGGACAUUGUUGCACAAUGAUAACAUUUACAAUACAGAACUUAUUCUUUAACUCGGCACAAGUACUGUACCUUGACAUGCACGUUUUGUCCAUGUUCAUUCAAGAUUGAUUCACUUAAGCAGAAGUAGCUAUAACAUAUUUUACCUUUGUUUUGUGUGUUGUCCAUUACCAUGGUCCAUUAUGUUUAAUUAUCUUUUAUUGGAAACUUUAAUCUUUCGAAAAAAA